GUCAAAUAGCUUUCUUGAUUUCCUACCUGCAACAGCAUAUCCCUUACUACGUUGCUCACUGGAUUAUCAGUCCAGUCUCAGAAGCAACAGUCUAUCCCACUCGAGUCGUACAUACGAGCCGCAUCAUUCCGAUCCUUACGUUCCCUGGAGUCAUAAUCAUGUCAAUUCCUUCUGGUAUUCGCAUUUCAGACGAAUGCAUCGCUGCAGUCCAUGCUCUUCAUUCCCCGAAAAGAUGCCCCAACAAGCUACGCUUCGUGAUCUUUAAAGUGGACGACGACCAACAAAGCGUUGUGGUGGAGGCUUCAUCCUCUGAGCCCGACUACGAAACUUUUCGGCAGAUGCUUUGUGAUGCUAGUGACCAUAAAACGACAUCACUCGCUCCGCCGCGAUAUGCUGUCUACGAUGUGGACUAUGACCUUGGCCAAGAAGGAAAGAGAACAAAAUCAAUUUUCAUUUCCUGGAUCCCUGUACACACACCGUUGAAGCUUUGCAUGGUUUACGCGAGUACCCGGGAGUACCUACGGAAAGCCCUUAAUAUCGAGGUUUCAAUCCAUGCUGAUAGUAUUGAUGAGCUCGAAUGGGAGAGUAUCUUGGAAAAGGUCAGCAGUGGGAGAGCGUAGAAGCUUAGAAUUUGAAUUUGGUCCAUGUGGUGCAAUGACCUCGUACUUGGCCGUUUUUAUGAUACUAUGGAGUGAUCUGGGU